AUGCAAGUCUCAACGUGUAGAGGCAAAAGAACGUGCGAAUUCCGCAGACAAUCAGAGGUCAGUGCCGUUGAUCAACGAAGUACGAAUUAUCUUCGAGUAGGUGAUGCUGUAUCUGAACAAACUGAAAUGGAGGCACAUUCAGAACAUAAUAUGGCGAGCACAUCAAGACCUUCAUCAGCACUAUCCAGUCGAUCAUCACCACAUUUACCCAAAAGGUCAAAAAAAUUCAAAGCACACCACCAAAAUAUUAAUAAAGCAGAUCGGAUAUUAGACAUUGUCGGUACAGGACUCAAUAAACCGGCAGACGAGUUCGACCUUAUGGGAAAAUCGAUAGCAAUCAAAUUACGGCGAUUGCUAAGAGAAAUACGACUAUAUUCAGAAAAAUUAAUAAACGAUAUCCUAUUUCAAGCGGAGUUAGGAAAAGUUAACGAACAUUCAAGAAUAACGUCCGAACCAACACCAAUUAAUAAUAGUAAUACAUUAUUCCCUCCGCUACCAAACUGUGAUCCCAUCUAGACUCAGUCUACACCAACCAACCAACCAACAACAAUUAAUAAUAGUAAUACAGCUGCUGUGUAUUACGGCUCUUAUAAUCCUUUACAAUAAUUAAUAUUAUACUGUUAUGGAUAUGCUGU